AUGGCCCAGGAAACAAAAUCAGGCUAUGAACCGGAUCGAAUUCCACAGUCGGUUUUCGCACCAACGAUCACUUCUAAACAAGAAUGGAGUACCCAAUCAAACGAAUCUUUGUUCAGUAUUCACAUCGCAGAUCAAAGUUUCUCCAAAAUGUAUAGAUCUGGAGAACUCUCCAAUUUCGAUUUUACUAACUCGUACACUAACAACAAUGAUAACAAGAUCACUACUAGUGACGCUGGAAACAAAGAAGUCAAUAACCACGUAGCUGAAACCGCACCAAAAACCACUAAUCGAGAUGUCUUGAUCAAUUUACCUAAGCCGGAUCCACCACAACAAAUUCCAAUUUCUCCGACCAAGUCUUAUCACUCAGACACAAGUAAUCAUAGUGCAGCUUCUUUCGCAUUUCCCACAUUACCAGAUCAGUACCAACAAGAUCGAAAGACAUCGCUGAAGGUGAAAAGUGAAAGUCGUAAAACAGAAGUAUCCGGAUUUUACCAAGAUGAUCCGAAACCGGGCAAUGCUGGUGGCUGGCUUUCUUGUUUUUCCUGUUUCGCAGUGAAAAAAUGA